AUGCCAGUCGCCGGUCUGCCACUGCUGCCGCUCCUGCUCGCGCGGGCGCGCCCCUCGCAUGCGCAGGACGCGUCAUCUCCGCUCGAGCUGCGCUCCUCCGCGCGCGCCGCCGUGCGCACCUAUGCCGCCCUCAUCGGCACAGCGACCGGGCGUGAGCCGUUCGAGAGCAGGUCGAGGGCGGAUGCUGACAGGUACGCUGCAACCCUGUACAAGCAUAGCCUCAAGAAAUUGACGUACCCGUUGGAAAACUUGCUGACGCUCUUCGAGGCACGAGAUGUGCUCGGCUUGUCUGCCGCCGAGGCGCAAAAUGUGCUCGGUGCUGCGUGCCGCACCGCCGAUUUGCUCCUCGACCUGCGCGCCGACAAGCUGGCCACGCGCGCGGCGAACGCAUCUCGCGCCGAAGAGCUCGCAGCGUGGCCGGAGCAGCAGAGCAUGCGCUGCUGGCCUGUGUACUUAUACGACAAGACAUCAUUCGAGGAGGGCAGCAAGAAGAAGGAUUGCGUCGACCUCCUGCACACUCCGGCGGCGCAACGCAACUUUGCGAGCCCGCAAAGUUGCACGAAGAAUUGCGACUAUAACUCGCACCAGAUCGUCGAAUACUACACCGGCGGACACUUGAUGUACGCGCUCGCGGCGCUCGGCGACAACCUCGCCAAGCUGGGUCGCGCCUCCGACGCGGCGCGCUACAUCACCGCGGUGUCCGAGUGCGUGUACGACCGCCUCUUCUCGCUGCACCCGCCCUUUGAUGCGCAGCAGCGCGUGGUCGACGCGGCCGUCGAGGACGCCGAGUGGAGCUGGCGGUCGUAUAUGCUCACGUGCGACCCGUGCACGAACACGCCGCAGGCGUUCAACCACGCGGGCUUCCUGGCCAUCGCAGUCGACAGGCUCGCGCGCGCCAUCGAGGCCAACGGCGGUGCCAGCCACGAGCUUCCCGGCGGGCUCAAGCUCGUGGAGCGCCUCCGGGCGGUGGCCUCGGCGUUUGUCGCGCACUGGCAGGAGAGCGCCACCGCCGUCGAGCUGGACGACGGCGCGACGGUGCUCCGAUGGAAGUAUCGCGACUACUGCCUCCCGGACAUGCUACCUGACCGGCCAGAGGACAUAAACCACGCCAGCUACGACGUUCACCAGCUAGGGCUGCUCUUCCACCGUGGCGACAACCCGCACGGCCUCACGCUGGAGUACAUGCAGGCGCUGAUGAACACGUUCGUCCGCGUGUACGUUCUGAACCGAAGCGCCACCGACUUUGACCGGUUUGCGUGCGACCAGAGCGGCACCACCGUCGACGAGAAGGGGUGCUCGAGUGGUCGAGCCAAGGACGAGCGGGUGCUCCACGCCGCCAACUGGCUCGAGCUGCCAAACGCUGUCCUCGUCGGAAGCAGCGCCAGCAGUGCUGCCAUCCGCGCGUCGAUGGCGCCGCUGUGCGCGGCUAUGGUGACCGAUUUGCUACCCGCGCUCUCGCCGUUGCUCUCGCCAAUUCUGCCGCCUUCCGGCGAAGCCACGUCCCAUCGCCUCAAACUCGUCGAUCAUUUCGUCGAGCUACUCAGUCAGUCAGACGGGCUGUUCCAGCAAGGGCUCUUCGUGGAACCCUCUCAGUUCCAGAUCGUCUUGAACCUCGCGCGCUUGGACGACGCGUGCUUUGCCGACGACGAGGGAGCGCACGCGCCAGCUCGACUGCCUGCGGGCGACGUGCCGGACGACGCGAUCCCCAUGCAGGCCGCGCCAUCAUGCGGCUGCAGAGUUGCCCGAAGCAUGCCAACGCCCGCAAGCCUGCACGCUCUCACCAGCACCAAGAUCGACGGCACGGCGCUGCCUCUCUCCGCGCUCUCCGGCAAGGCUGCAGUCGUAGUCAACGUCGCCAGCCGAUGA